AUGACUCGUGCGCAGCUGUUGUCUCGGCCGUACCUUGCGAGAGUGGAGGGUGUGAUUGUCAGGCCCUUAGCCGAGAAAAGGAAAAAAUGGAAAGCAAUCGAACGGGAACUGUUCAUCUUGCGUGACCUGGGACCGCUUUCGUACCAGCAAUUCAAAGAACCCGAGUUCGAGCGACUGACGGCGCCACCAUCCGAAUGUUUGCGGCGAUGAAAACCGAUGUCUUCAUCGACGAUUCCGUUGACUUUUUCGAUCGCCUACCGGACAUGGACCGGCUCGAAUAACUUCGUCUGUACGAGCUCGAUGAAGGGGGCAAGGUUUCCAUCACGUACACCUACCUCUAUGUUCUCAUCGAACAGAUGCUGCUACUGCGCGAGAAGCUUCUGUAUGAUCGAGAUCCCGAGUUUCUUCAUCUGUUCCCCGCCACAAUUCAUCGUCUUAUGCACGGUCCCGAUGUUAUGAAAAGAAUGGGGCCGCUUCGUGAGUACUCGGCUUGCGGAACGGAGACGAUGAUGGGUUACAUCAAAUGGGGGAUGAGAAGCAAGUCAAAACCCGUUGAGUCUGGCAUGAAUUCGGCGGAGAUGCGGAGCAUGAUGAUGAUCCUUCGACUCAAGUACGACAUACCUACAAUGAACGAUCUCCGGGACACUUCGCCGAGGGAUCAUGCCUUGCAUGCCCAGCUGCCGGGCUAG